CAAAAGAUAUAUCUAUCCAUCUUGAUCACUAAUUACCUUUCACGAAAUUAACUUAGCUUUGCUUCGCCGUAGAUGGCGCUUCCGGUACACAAAGUUUGACUGCGGCUGAGAGUAGAGGAAUUGUUUGAAUAGUUUGUUUUCGCACGAGGCUACAUUUCGAUUCAAUUAGCGUUAGCGAUGAAUGCAACUGUGUUCCUGAGAUGUUUGAAUUUUCGCAGAAAAACGGUGAAAAGCAUUUUUGCGUCGAUGACUGCGUCAAGACAUAAACAUGAUUCUUUCAAAUUUUCUGAUUUGCAAAUCCAGCUGGCGACCCCGGCUCAGAUGAUUCCCAAGCCCGAUCCGUCGACGUUGAAAUUUGGUGAAGUCUUCAGCGACCACAUGUUCGAAGUCGAAUGGGACGCUGAUCACGGAUGGGGUGUACCACGCAUUGUACCGAUACAUGACCUUCCGAUGCACCCUGGCGCGAAAAUACUACAUUAUGCCCAGGGCGCGUUCGAAGGGAUGAAGGCUUUCAAGUAUUCUAAUGAACAAGUGGCUUUGUUCCGACCCGAAUUGAACAUGGAACGUUUGCGAGUGAGUGCUGAAAGGGCUGCUUUGCCAUCUUUCGACAAAGGUGAGCUUCUGAAAUGCUUGAAGAAAUUAGUCCUGAUCGACAAAUGCUGGAUUCCAGAUAGCAUUUCUAGUUCGUUGUACAUACGUCCGACUUUCAUCGGCAACCAGGGUGCUUUAGGAGUCCGUUCUUCGAACCAGGCAUUGCUGUUCAUCAUCACCUGUCCUGUAGGUCCGUACUUCGGAACGGGAAAGAUUACGCCGGUGUCUUUGCUUGCUGAUCCUCAAUACGUCAGAUCAUGGCCUGGUGGUGUUGGCGACAAAAAAAUGGCUUCGAAUUACGCGCCAACUUUGCACACGCAACAGAUUGCUCAAGAGCAAGGCUUGCAUCAGGUCCUUUGGCUGAUUGGCGAUGAGCAUUAUGUUUCAGAAGUAGGAGCGAUGAAUGUUUUCUUCUUGCUGAGGAACGCCAGGGAUGAGUUGGAGCUUGUGACACCCCCUCUAGACGGAACUAUACUACCUGGAGUUAUGAGGCGAAGUGUUCUGGACUUGGCGAAGGAAUGGAACGAAUUUCCCGUCAUGGAAAGGAAGAUAACGAUGAAGGAAGUCAUGUUGGCGAACAAAGAGGGCCGGCUGCUCGAAAUGUUCUGCACUGGUACAGCUGCUUCUGUGUGCCCGAUAAACUUAAUACGGUACUGUGGACAGGACAUUAAAUUGCCUUCAACUGAUCAUAAAAUGUCCCUCACCGAGAGGUUAUAUAAAGCCUUAACAGAUAUACAAUAUGGAAGAGUUGAAUCUGAUUGGUCAGUUGUUCUUGAAGAAUAAGUUUGUUAUUUGACAUAAGAAGUACUGUGAAACUAGUGGCAUAAGUAAGUGCAUGAUUUUUAUUGAAUGAAUUUUACUGAGAAAAACUUUUGGUACCAUUAGUUUCAGUAUUCCUUAAAUGUGAAAAGACAGAAACAAAAUUUCUCAAACAUAGUAUGUUGUUAAAAUUUUAAAUGUAACUUUUGCAUGUAUGAACUGUGGGUUGCGAAAAUUAUUUGUCAUAUAAAGUUUUCUUUAUUACU